AUGUUCCGUUCCGCCGUCAUCCGAUCGCUGAGGUUGUCCGUACCUCGCGUUGCCAGAGCUGCUUCGCCUGUCUCUCGUCAGGUCCCAGCUGUGUCCAGCAUCGCCAGACAAGCUCAAUUCGCUCCAAGCUUCUCCUAUCAGGCCAUAAGAUCAUACUCUGCCCCCGCCGGCCUCAACCAGACCGAAGUCCAGGGCAGAAUAGUCGAUCUGUUGAAGAACUUUGACAAGGUUUCCGAUGCCUCCAAGGUAUGUUUACGGAUCACCCCCAACUCGCACUUCACAAAUGACCUCGGGUUGGACAGCUUGGACACCGUUGAGGUUGUGAUGGCCAUCGAAGAGGAAUUCAGCAUUGAGAUCCCAGACAAGGAGGCAGAUGCCAUUCACAGCGUUGACCAAGCCGUUGCCUAUAUCCUCUCCCAGCCUGAUGGUACGUAG